CCGGAAGCCUCACUUGCUGCCUCGUUGCACUGCGGAUUGAUUGAGCCUUCGCCGACGCCAUGCCCAAGUGUCCUAGUUGUCAGAAGGAGGUCUAUUUCGCUGAAAAAGUCACCUCCCUUGGGAAAGAUUGGCACCGGCCAUGUUUGAAAUGUGAAAAAUGCAAGAAGACCUUAAGUGCAGGUGGCCAUGCAGAGCAUGAGGGGAAACCUUAUUGCAACUACCCCUGCUAUGCUGCAUUGUUUGGACCCAAAGGAUUUGGGCGUGGAGGUGCUGAAAGCUACACUUUCAAAUAAAACUUAGGAGUGGAAUGAUGAAUUUUGCUGAUUCCAGGCGGAGUUCAGAAGAAUAACCACACUGUGUUUUUUCACUAGAAGUGAAUAUAAUGAAGACUUCAAAAGGGGAGAGGGGGAUGAUAAUUGAAUGGAGGGUUUCCUGUUUAACAUAAGUUGAGAAAUAUAAUCAUGUGGAAACUAGGAAAGAAUAGCAUUGGGGGGCAUCAUAGGAAAGUGUGGAAAUUUUAAAAAAAAUCAAAGCCUGUUUUAGAUCUUUCCUUUUAUUCUUAUUUUUCUAACUUACAAAUAAAAUCUUAAAUCAAAAGAGGCUUGCAGAUACCAAUGAAUCAGAAAAUGAACAUAAACACCUGGGAAAUGCCGUAUUUACUAAUGUUCUUUAAGAAAGGAUAUCCAAAAGUGUCUUCAGAAUUAUUUUUAGUGAACUAACAUAUAAAUGUGAAAUGAAUAUUUAUUGCAUCCAGUGAAACUUUUGCAUUUUGAAUUUAUAAAUUUGCAAUUCCAACUGAAAUCCAUUGGGGAGCAAUUGGCUGAUUGUACAAUCAGAAACCAAAUACAUAAUCUGCAGAACAUUGCUAUAUAUUUGUGUUAAAAGAUUCUGAGAGAGGCUGGUUGUUCAUUUUUACUCAGAAUUAGUAAGGUGUUUAAUUUACUGUACAAUAUAUACUAUAUAUUUUACAGUGGGUACAAUUUGCAGUAGAAAACAAGUUUACCUGACUCUCCCUUAGCAUCUUUAGCUCCUUUUUGUCAAUAUAUUUUUCCAUGCCUAUAUCUGCAAACUAGCAAGUCUAGGCCUCUGGUAAGGCUUUGACUUUAUUGAAACUGAAAAGUGUGUGGCAAUAGCAAUGGGAUCCAAAAUGGCCCAAAUGUCAAUUCAUCAAUUAUGAGAUUUACUGACAUUUUCAUUUUACUUAAGUUAACCAGAUUAUAUGAAAGUAGUUGGCUCCAGUUAAGAUGAGAACUAUUGUGCUGAAUUAAAGAAACAAUUCUUUCCUAUUCAGUACAGUUUUUCUAAUUUAAACAACCAAGAAUAUUCAGUGAAGAGAUGCUCCCAUUCUUGUAAAAUAAAUACAAAAGACAAAACAAAGUGAAGCCUUUUCUGAUUGGAAUUUUAGCAUUUGGUUUUCCUGAGUCUUUGGCUUUCAGAUAUCUCUGCCCUGGUUUGAAUAAAAGUAUUUUCUUUAA